AUGCUCGCAUCACCAUCCGGAAAGCCUGACGCCGCCAUAGUCUGCACGCCGAACAAGACCCACGUCACCCUCUCGAAAGAGCUCCUCUCCGCAGGCAUCCACGUGCUGUGCGAGAAGCCACUGUCCGUCGACAUACCCUCGGGGGAGUCCCUCGUAGCACACGCCAGGGCACACCCCACCCUACGCCUGCUCGCCGGCCACCACAGGCGAUUCAACCCGUACGUGGUGGCGACGAAGCGAAUACUGGAAUCCAAGACCCAUUCGAUCGGAGAGAUAACAGCAGUAUCUGGCCUCUGGGCACUGUACAAACCGCCGUCCUACUUCGAGCCCCCGGCGGAAUGGCGCCGCAGCGGCGAGAGCGGCGGGCCGGUCUGGAUCAAUCUCAUCCACGAGAUCGACAUCCUCCACUUUUUGCUGGGCAGCAAGGUCGUGCGGGUUGCCGCUUUUGAAACACCCAGGCGGCGCGGUCAUGAUGCUGAGGAGGGGGGCGCCAUAAUCCUGCAUUUUGAGAACGGCGUGGCCGGGACGUUCCUGCUCAGCGAUGCUGUCGUGAGUCCACACGCAUUUGAGAUGGGCACCGGGGAGAAUCCUGCGAUCCCCAGGACGGGAAGGGAUGUAUAUCGGAUACUAGGUACGAAUGGCACGUUCAGCGUGCCUGAUUUGCGGCGAAGCUUUUACGACGUGGCCGAUGGGGGAGAAAGGUCGUGGAACAACGAGCUCAGUGAAGAGACUGAGACACUGGAUGCAUGGCUGACCGAGGAAGAGAGGACCAAGGUGCCAUUUGAGUUGCAGGUUGCGCAUUUUGUCAGGGUCAUCCGGGACGGCGAGAAGCCUUUGUGUACCGGGGAGGAUGGCUUGGCCGCUGUGAGAGUUGCGGAAGCUGUCAGAGAGGCGAUGCGAACAGGCCGGGUCGUCCAUGUUCAAGGAGCAGGCAGAUCUGGAGGCCUGGGAAAACUAUGA